AUGCUUAUAGAGCUACUACAAAUUGGCUCUAGGGAACAUUUUAUUCAGCCAACCCAGUCGAGCUCUCCUAAUGGACAGAAUGAUAAUACGAAGAACGUUGACAUUAAGAUGCAAGAUGUUAGACCUCCUUUACCACCGAAGCCGACUCUUCUCAUGAAAAAUGGUCCCACUUCUUCUUCAACUUCUUCACUUUCUACUCAUACUGAUAAUAUGCGUUUCCCCGUAUCGCCAUCACCAUCACGACAACAAUCGCAACUCAGCUCCAAUACGCCAUUGCCACCAAAGAUUCCAUUAAACAAUUCCUCCAUAAGUAUUCCAAUAAGUCCGCCAAAGAUUCCCAAACGUCCUACUGAACCCAAAUUGGAAACAUCUUUCGAUUUACUUGAUUUAACGACCUCUGGAGAAACGCACGAAGAUUCCACACACAAGAAAACCAUGAUUGAUUUACAAGAGACUAUAAACGCACUAUCCCAGGCAGACAAGACAUAUAUAGAUUCCGAGUUACAAGGCCGAGUGGGAACUAUUGAAUCCGCCUUUCAGCAAUUCGAAGAUCUGUAUGCUUAUGAGACCAAAUAUAUAUCGAGCGUGAAACAAUCCAUUGAAGAGAAUAAGGACAAGUUACGUCGGGAGACAGAGGUUGUAAAAAACGAAAUCCAAAACGUCAGAAACUUUGGUAACAAGCACCUGGAAAAGGGUACCACAGACCCAUUAUGGAUGGUCUCCACGGAGUCCGCCGGCCUAAACCAAUUGUAUGACCUAGUGGCAAAAGAUGAUGCUCUCUCUGACACAAUCAAUGCAUUGUACCAGAUGCUGAACAGAGGGGUUAUCGCACUGGACCUGUUCGUUCGGAAGUCGAGAGAGCUGGCUCGAGAGCAGUUCCUGACGCGUCUACACAUCGAGAAGAUCACCACCAUCCUGCUAGAGGCAGAGCAUUAG